AUGAGCAUUAGUGACUUCCUUAGUCCUUCUGAUAUUGCCGCCGCACUCCAAGAUUGUCAAGCUCCAGAUAGUUUCAACCACAGAAAAUUCUUCCAGCUCAGUGGUAUGUCCAAAAAGAGUAGCAGCCAACUCAAAGAUAUCUUCCAAAUCCUAGACCGCAAUCAAAAUGGAUUCAUUGAAGAAGAAGAACUCAAAUAUUUCCUCCAGAGGUUUGAGGUUGGGGCUCGCUUGUUAACAGCGACAGAAACUGAAAAAUUUUUGGCGGCAGCAGACCAUGAUGGAGAUGGAAAAAUUGGGGCUGAAGAAUUCCAGGAGAUGGUACAGUCCUAA